CAGCCGGCUUGCUUGACCGUUGCUGUUGCUCAAACCUUGACCGUUGGUGUUGCUCAGUUCGCGCCACUGCCCUGCCUUCAGGUUGGGAGCCGUGACGUAUUUACUGACAGGGACACGCGAGUUUUCGCGCCGGUGCUCUAUUUGCUCGCGAAGGCACUAUUUGGGGAGAUAAACCGAACCAACCGUCCCGUUCCUUUCCGUUUUACCGUUUUGCGUCAACAAGUUCACCUCCAGACUCUUAGUCUGUGUCUGUCACCGGGAGGGAAAUAACGGGACUGCUGCUCUCUCCUGCUUCACAAACUCACCAAAGGAGAUUUAUUUCCAUUAAACGUUUGAAUUUUCUUUAAAACACCGGUGAAAACCCGAAUCGGAGCGCGCAGAGAAUGAUGGCACGCCGCAUUGACCGAAACCUGGUUUCCUUGUCCAUGUUUGGAUACUUGGUUUGGCUAACGGUGGUUUCUGUCGUUCACGCUGACGGUCGUGUGUUCCUAUUGGACCAGAGAAACACGUCUGACUCCGGGGGAUUGGCUGAGGCGGAACAUGCGUGUGCUUCCCAUGAUGCCCGUCUGGCGUCAGCCGAGGAGCUGCGUCACGCCGUGGUGGAGUGUUCCUUCUCUGCCUGCACACGAGGAUGGCUAAACGGGGGCAGCAUGGGGACUACAGUGUGUAGUAACGUGGGCAGUGCUCUGAAGGCAGUGGAUGUGAAGAUAGAGAACACUACAGAGGACAACACACACCUGGAUGUCUUCUGUGUCAAAGACAAGGGUGUUCCAUGUGGAGACCCCCCUGCCUUCCCCAACACACAUCUCCAGGGCCACACAGGGUUUGAGAUGGGGGACGAGCUGCUGUACUCCUGUCUUCCUGGUCAUGUGUUGCCCAGCGGCCACUCAGCCUUCAGCCUGCUGUGUGACAGCUGUGGAGAGUGGUACGGACUGGUACAGCUCUGUGUAAAAGACAAGACAGAGGCCCACAUUGACUAUGAAGAUAAGUUCACUGAUGACGAUCACCACCUCUCCUACAACACCCCUACUGAGGAGGACACACAGGAGGAACCGGUAGAAGAGGAGAUGCAAGAGGAGACGGCAUAUGUAAAUGUGGAGGAGGACACAGGAGAAGAGGGGCACAGGGAUCAGGAGCAGCAGGAGGCCAGCUUCAGCAUGACGGAAGUAGAGGAGCAGGAUGUGGAGACGGGAGGAGAGGAGGAAGCGCAGGGAGGAGAGGAGCUGUCUGUGGGAGAGGAGGAGCAGCAGGAGGAGGACGUGGGGGAAGGACUGGUGACUGGAAGAAAGGAAGAGGAGCUGGAAGACUCGACAGACCAUCCCGUCGAUGACGAGAAGCAGGAGGAGCAGGAGGCGCAGGAGGAGGGGAUGGGUAUGUCGGAGGCGACUGAGGCGCCCGUCUCCCUGCUUUCCCAGAAGCACCUGUUCUGGUUCCCCUCAGAGGCCUUCCAGGAGGCGGGACAUGUGGAACCCACCCACCCGCCAGUCACACAGGACACACCCCCUGAGGGAGACAACCGUGUCAGGGCCUCCGGCAGCGAAUCAGAGGAGAGCAAGGAAGACAACAGCCAACCAGAGGAGACAAAGGAUCAUGACAGCCAUGAGGGUCAAUUCCAACAACCAAUUGACCACAAUGACCAUGAUGACCACGAAGAUGAUGUUGACCAUGAACAUAUUGACCGUGAAUAUGAUCAUGAUGAUCAAACAGAUCCUGACCACGAUGAAAGUUCUGAACAAGUUUUUGAUGGUGAAGACCAUGUCAUUGAACACCUUGACCACGAUGAUCCUGAUACCCAUGAUGGCCAUGAACAUGACAACCAUGAAAGCUAUGAUAGUGAAGAGGCCCACCGUGAGGACCAAGGAGAACACAAGGAGGAUGACCAUGAGAAGGGGGGUCGGUAUGAUAACGGACACGACGAGCAUUACAACAUGGGUGAACACGAGGAGGAUGACCGCAUUCAAUAUCACAGCCACGGUGAACAUGAUGAUCAUAAAGACCAUGACCACGAUGAUGUAACGGAUCACCAUGACGAUGAUGAUCAUGACCACUUAGAUCCUAGCGAUCACCACGAUGACCAUGAAGACCAAGACCAUGUCCACGACCAUGAUCACCUUGAUGACCAUGACGAUCAAGAUGACCAUGACCACGACGACCAUGAAGAUGGCCAUUUAGUCCAUCCCAUUGGAAUGACAACAGGCGAGCCUCAGAAUGUAACCCAGGAGGCGGCGGGAGGAGAACCCACAGCCAGCACAGACGAGACCUGGUUGGACGGCUACCCUGUCAGUCAGGAGGAGACCGGCACUGAAAAAGUGGGAGGCGGCUCCACAGAGGAAGGGGUGGAGCCUGAGGUGCGAGAGGAGGAAGAGGAGGGUCUUGUGGUUGUCGGGGUGACAGACCGGCCCAAUGAGGUGGAGAUGAGUCAUCCCAUCCCAUUCACGGGCGUCCCUCACGUUCCCCUGUCCCCCACGCAGGAGGCGGACCCUGUGGAGCAGGAUCAGGACCAGGUGGGAGGACUCAGCCCUGCAGCCUCACCCGACUUACCCCUCUCCCCUGAGGCCACAUCCUCAGAUUCCUAUUCAGCCGACUACACCACGCCCUCUCUGACAUCGUCACUGGAUGACGUCACCCCCAGAAACGCAGCCAGGCCUUCUCCCACAGACUCCUGGGAAACUACGGAUCAUGUGCACCCCUUCCUGGAGCACGGCCCCGCCCCCACGGCAUGGACUGAUGAUGUCAUUGACGAGGAGGAACGUGGAGCCGAGCACAACCUGACUCGACACAGCGGGGAGAGGGAGGGGGAGGAAGGGGAGAGGGAAGGCAAGACAGGGGAGGCAGGGUGUACCGGAGGUGAGGAGGACUGCCCCCCUCCACCUCCUCCCUCCUCCGGCAGGGGGCCCACGGUGGCGGCCAUUGUCAUUGCUGUGUGCACGGUUGCCCUGGCAGCCGCCGUCGGUGCGUGGUGUUACCGGCGGAAACAGCAGAAGAGCUCGAUGUACGAGAUGAACGGGAAGGGUCAGAGUCACAGCAGACAUGGACAACAGAUAGAGAUGCAACAGAAGGUCUAAGAGCGAGAGAGAAAGAGAGAGACAGUGCGGCUGCAGAGAGUGGAGGGAGGCUUGAGGAGGGUGAGGUGAUGUGGGUUGGGGUAUUUGGGGGGUGUGAGUUGAACAGCCACACACUACACCUGCAGACACAGAAGAAUGAGUUGACGGGUGAGGAAGGGGUGAGGGUAUUUGAACAGUGAGGGUUGGGGCUGAGGAAGUGUUGAGGGUUGGUGGUUAGGGUCGGGUAGAGGGACGAGGGAAUGAGAUGAGUGGCUAUGCUAUGCUAAUGGUAGCAGGAGUUUUCAACUCUGGCGACGAACGAGAAGGGACUCCUCCUCCAGAGCUCUGGGACAUUGUGGUUCAGAAUCAUACCUGUUUAUUACUGUUAUUAUUGUGUAAUUACCAUGUUGUUACUGUGUUAUUACCAUGUUAUUACUGUCUUUCAUGUUAUUUUGAUUUCAUUGUUCUUGUGUGAGACAAUUGAACUGUGUCAUGUUGUAUUAUUAGGGCUCUACGUUACUAUGUAGUUGUGUAACAUUGUGCAUGAUUGUAAGGAUUCCUUGUUUCUCACGAUGACAUCAGCAUUUGAAAUUGCUGUCUGAGUUGGCACCCUGAUUUGAGUGGAUGCAUUCAGGGUCCUAUUCAUUAGGCACCAAAUGGAAAAAAUUGACUGAAACAGGGAAGGAUUACCUGAACUUGUCCCAUAAGAAACGCUAGUUUUCGUUUUCCAUUACAAAACGUUCUUCCUACAGUGUGCUCUAUUGAAUACAACCAAGUAGAUGUUCCAACGUCCAUACCUCCUCUGACACUACCUAAAGACUUGGUUGAAGAUAACCAAGGUUAAAACAAGAGGAUUCUAAUAUCCCAUAACUCUUUGCAUAAAUGUGGAAGAUUUUUAAACUAAGGGACCAGCGAUGCUAGUUAUCAACGGCUCUGGUCCAGUAAUGCUGCGUUUAGACGAGGGACGCAAAAAACGUUAUUACAUGUCGGCAAGAAAGCAAAAAAGAUGGCGACGGCAAAAACAACGGUAUGAGUUUCUAAGGUGAUUUCAGUAAACAAUCAGUGCAAACAACAUCCAGUAGAAAACAACGCUACCGCAGACGGCUAAAGUUAAACGAUUUGCUCUCAUUGAAAACAAUCACACCAGUUUGCCAUCAACCGUCUACCUUGUACCAUUUAAACGCGGCAUAAAUCUGAUUAUUUCGUUUUCCGAACCUGGGUAUCUUCAACCUAGCCUAAAGACAUGAAGUAGAAAAUAAUAGAAUAGACAUUACAGAUAUAGUUUUAUAAUUCAAACGAAUAAACCAUAGAAUUAACCAUUUUUGUAUGUAAGGGAACGCUAAAGCCUUGUUCACACUGCAGGCCUUAAUGCUGAAAUCAGUUAUGUUUUCACAACCGCUUUGGAAUACUGACUAUCGAUCCAAACAGCAGUGGUGGAAAAAGUACCCAAAAGUCAUACUUGAGUAAAAGUAAAGAUACCUUCAUAGAAAAUUACUUAAGUAAAAGGGACUGUCACCCAGUAAAACACUACUUGAGUAAAACUCAAAAAGUAUCAAAAGUAAAACUAUUAAUAGUUUUAAAUUCCUUAUAUUAAUCAAACAGACACCACCAUUUUCUUGUUUUUUGUUUAUUUACGGAUAGCCAGGGCACACUCCAACACUCAGACAUAAUUUACAAACAAAGCAUGUGUGUGUAGUGAGUCCGUCUGAUCAGAGGCAGUAGGGAUGUUCUCUUGAUAAGUGCAUGAAUUUGACAAUUUUCCUGUCCUGCUAAGUAUUCAAAAAUGUAACGAGUACUUUUGGGUGUCAGGGAAAAUGUAUGGAGUAAAAAGUACAUUAUUUUCUUUAAGAAUGUAAUGAAGUAAAAGUAAAAGUUGCCAGAGAUUUAAAAAGUAAAGUACAGAUACCCCAAAAAGCUACUUAAUAGUACUUUCAAGUAUUUUUACUUUAGUACUUUACACCACUGCCAAACAGCAAGUUACAAGUGACCAUAUGGGAUUUGUGUGUGUUCAGACAGCAGUCAUUUGCUGACAUGGCUACGCUAGUUGUCAUAGUUAUGACGGAUGAGUGUGCAGUGGUGUAAGCUGAUUGGUGGUGGUGCUCGUGCUUCUUAUCACUCAGAAGUUAUGUAGAAAGCUAUGGUGACAACAAUGCCUGCCAUGGACGUUUCCCAGUCUCUUUGAAUGUUAAAAAUCAUAGUGAUAAAACACUUUUAAAGCCUCAAAAGGAGUCAUUUUUGUCAAGCCACAGCAGUCAACUAGCUAGAUAGGUAGCUGUUUAGCUUUUGUAGCACAUUCACUAAUUUGUUUGUAAACAAUUAAAGGGAGAAAAAACAUUUUUUACUUCAUAUUCAUCUCCAGCACCACCACAACAUCAACAUAUACGAAGUGGCUCGUUUCUAUGUUUUGUAGCAAAAAAGAUAGUGGAAGAUAAGUGUUUCCAAUGACAUCAUCAGUGUGCAUCAUGUGAUUUUAAACCAAUUAUGGUUACAAUGAUGAGUAGCUAUUGCCACACCAAUGAUGUCAUUGGAAACACUUAUUUUCCUCUAUGUUUUUUUACUACUAAACAUAGACAUUUUCACAUACAGUAUGUUGAUGUAGAGGUGGUGCUGGAAAUGAUGAAUGUGAAGUUGUUCUUGUCAAACUGUCAGCAGAGUAGCUAGCAAACAACAAGAUAUGCCAAAUCACAUUCUAAAAACUAUUUGAGGGCAAAUGAAUUAGAUUUGACUGUUCAGACACAAGUUGCAUGGCGACAGAUUUGUAUCUGACUUCAAACCACCUACAAAGGUUGUUUGAAAUGUGACUUGACUGCAGGAAAAAUAACAGAUUCAAAUCGGAUAUGCAAAGUCACUUCAAACUGCUAAUGUGAACAAGGCUUUAGAUUGGCACCAUAUUAUGGUGUGUAUAAAAUGUACAUUUUUGUAUGGAUGGAAAUUUGUACAUUUCUGGGGGUUAACAAGAGGUGAGAUAUAUUAUCAGACAGUCAGUGCAAGGUAGAGAGGAGAGGAACGUGGGGAGAGCGAAGUAGAGGUAAAGGGAGAGGGGGGAAUCAAACAUAUAGAGACUUGUCUAGAUGGAGUGUGUGUGUCUGCUAAAUGACUAAAAUGUAAAACAUUUGUGCACAUGUGUGCGUGUAAGUGUUGGUUUUGACAGAGACGGCUGGAGAGAGAUUUAGAGUAGGAGUCCAGACUGCAGACUCAGUUCAGAGACAGAGACGGGGGGUUAGGGGCAUAAUCUGGUGUCUGUGUGUGUACGUGCAUGUUUGUGUGCGUGUGUAUAUGUGUGUAUCAUACCGGUGUGAUCUGCUGGUCAGCGGUGUGACGUGUUUGAAGAUUUCCAGACUGCAUUGGGAGAUGCCGCCGAGUGAUCAGAACAUCAGACGAACUGACGCUACCAUGACAACACAGGCAGACAGACAGUCAGACAGUCAGACAAAGACCUGCUACACACAAAAGUGUUCCCCCCCCAUUUUGAUCUCUAUAUUUGGGUCAAUUAAAAUAAAUGUACUAAGUUAGUCAGAAACUUCUAAAAUCUUUAUCAAUGCAGAGUUGAAAUGGAGGAUGUUGUGUGAACUAAUAUACAAGGGUAUCUGCAUACGUUAGCAUGUGGCCUUGAUUAAUAUGUUAACUUUUUUAUUCAUAAGAAUAAAUGUUUCAGAUGAAUAAUAAAUGUUUAUAAUGUAAUAAAUGUUUCAGAUGACAAAGACUACAGAGAUGGAUGAAUAACAUACCGUACAUAGCUCCAUUUUCCUCACACACAACAGCACAACAUUGUAAAACUCACUACUAUAUUUAUUGGGCUGCAGGUAGCCUAGCGGUUUGAGCGUUGGGACAGAAACUGAAAGGUCACUAGUUUGAAUCUUGUGCCGAAAAGGUGCAAAAUCUGUCGAUGUGCCCUUGGGCAAGGCACUUAAUCCAAAUUGCUCCAGGGUUGCCGUUGAUAUUGGCAGACCCUGGCUGUGACCCCACUCUCCGAGGGUGUCUCAGGGAGAGUUGGGAUAUGCAAAACCCCCAAAAAAUACAUUUCUAACGUGUGAAAUUAUUAUAAAAGUUUAUACCGCAGUGUGAUUUAGGAUUUGUUGUAGCUUCUUUAACCAUGUCCAUGACAGAAAGAGACAAUUUAUUUGACUGGAGUUUAAAUAAACUAACAGCACAAAACACAUGUAGCAUAAUACAUACAUAAUAUUGCCAUACCAACCCAUAUAUCAAUGUUAUGGUUCUUUUCAUUGUUUGUGGGGGAAAUGAUGGCCAUAGUGUUCUAUAGUUGUAAAAAGUAUCUGUAUACUAUUCAGUAUUAAAUGUCUUGUUUUUUGUAAACUGUUUUGAAGAGUGAUGUUGGUGGUGAAGAUGGGGGUUAUGUAAAAAAACUGUGUUUUUCUGUAAUGAGUCUAUCUAUCAAUGUUGUGCUGUUCUGUAAGAGUAAAAUAGCCAAAUACCACACUCUCUGUACCUUCACGACAGUAUUUGAGUCAAUGAUUGAUUGAUUGAUAAAUUCAGUUCCUUACCCACACAGGUGCUCAGCCCAUAUGGUUUUGUAAUAUAAUUAUUAUUGACAGAAACUGCUCAGAUGUCCUCACAGGGUGAACUCUACUGCUUCCUGGUCUCUUUAUGACAUCAUCUCUGUCUGGUCCAUCCGUUUCUAGAUAUUGGUUCCAUUGAACAACAGUGUUAGGAUGAAGUGUGUUUGUGUGUGUUCUAAUAAUAAACUCAUAAAUCUAUAA